ACUCGCCGCCAUGCCCCUCGAAGGCGGGGGCGGGGCGCCCGGCGCAGAUAUCCCCACCAUCUUCAAUCCACGCGCAGGGGCGGGGCGAACGCGGGCACCCAGCGUCGUCGUCACCGACUCGCAGGACGGCGCAAGCGCGGGGGGCGUGGCCAACGGGCCGCUCGCCCACGCCGACUCGCUGUGCAGCCAACCGGACUCGGGGGCGGGGGAGCCGCUGUCGCCGGCCACGCCCACAGCGACCACGCCCACCGGGUUGGUGGGGAAGGUCAAGGAGUGGUCGACGUCGUUGUGCUCGAAGCCGGCGAGGAAGAUUUAUUUCGGUAUAUGGGUGACGGUGUGCGUGACAGCGUCAUGGGUGGGAGCAACACACAGUAUAAAAUAUCUCUAUUUGAGACAACCGGAAGACGUAGCGCCCAGCGUAGACUCUGUGAUGAUCCCACAGUUCCCACAUGACAUCAGCGGUCUCAAUCUCACCAUAGUACAAACGAUAUACACCGCAUCGUAUCAAGCACCUUUCUUCACCACAUGGUUCGUAACGAAUUGGACGAUGCUGUUCUUUCCCCUGUAUUUUCUUUGUCGGCUCAGCAACAGGAGAUGCGAAACGAUGUCCGACAUCUUCUCAGAAAGCAUGAAGGAUUUCAGGGAUAAAGGAUUCACAGCAGGUCGUUUCAUGACGCGGUGCGGCCUCUUCUGCCUUCUGUGGGUCGGCACCAACUACAUGUACAUAUUGUCCUUGAGGAUACUGCUGGCCACCGACGUGAUGGCCCUUUUCGCCACCAAUGUGUCCUUCGUCUAUCUUCUGUCGUGGGUCAUUUUGCACGAACAGUUCGUCGGCAUCAGAAUAAUGGCUGUGAUAAUAUGCGACACUGGCGUCGCUCUUUUGGCCUACAUGGACGGCAUCACCGGCAGCCCGACGCUGGGUGGCGUCGUUCUGGCGACGUCGGCCGCCGCCGGUUCGGCCGUCUACAAGGUGCUCUUCAGGAAGGUCAUCGGAGACGCCACCUACGGACAGGUGGCUCUGUUCUUCUCCCUAAUCGGAAUGCUCAACGCCACCCUUUUGUGGCCUUUGUCCUUGGGCCUGUUUCUCAUGGGGGUAGAGACGAUGCGUUGGGAGCUUCUGCCUUGGCCGGCGCUUUUUACAUCCAGUGUUCUUUCUCUCGUUGCCAAUUUACUAGGUAAUUUUAGUGUAGCUCUCACCUACGACCUCUUCAUCACUUUGGGACUGAUAACAGCCGUCCCAGUGUCAGCAGCCUUGGAUGUGGUCCUUUACGGGGCUAAUUUCGAAGGCAUGAAACUGGCCGGGAUGGUCCUGAUAGCCAUCGGAUUUUUUCUCGUCAUGUUUCCCGAUAACUGGCCGGAUUACAUCACGAGGUUACUCAGAAAUAUCAUAAUGUUGAGUCACAGUGCGAGAACGUUCAUCUACAACCGAGAGCCUCGACGACGACUGAACACUUUACCCCAUCACGAAGACUCAGCCGCUUGUUGUGAAAAAUAUAUGGAGCAGAAGGCGAAGCCGACCGAGAUCGAGCCCCCUCAACGCCCACAUGAUCGACUACAGGACGGGGUAUAUAAGAUCGCAUCUGCGCUCGCCGUCGGGAAGGGUGCGGUGACCUAGACAGGGCCCUGUGGCACUACGACGUUCGAGAACUUCCCUCUAGAAACGUACGACGAGCGCUACCAACCGUUUCGGUGGCCAUUUUGUGUGGAAGGC